GGAGGGAUAACAGCAGCAAACGCAGCAGCUAGAGAGCAGGCAGCCGCAGCCAGAGCAGUAGCAAUGGCUAACGACACAAUCUCUGUUGCGUCAUCUUCUGCCUCUCGUCUGCGUCCUCGUCAGGGACAAAUGCGACCCUGUUGGGAAUGCCUCAGGGUACUUCCGGGGCAGUAAGUUCUAGUCAGUCCACAAGUCAAAUGGCGGGCUCGCAGUUUAGCCCGUUGACCCCACGCGGCAGGGAGCUCUUAGAGCUCCAACAGGUCGAGAGGAUCCGCCUGAAGUUAGAAAGGGAACUGAAGCUAGCAACCGACAGAGAGAACGAGAUCAAACGAAGAGCAGCCAGACUUGAAACGUUAGAGGCAAACAAGGCUGAGUUAGAGGGUUUGGAUGAGUCAGUUCUGUCUGACCAAAUGAAAGUCUUGAAGAACAAUAUGCUGUUGUUGCAUGCGCACGUGGACAGCCGAUUGAACUUCAUGCAGAACACCCUGGACCAGAUCCUGGACAUUUUGCAAAGGCCAAGAUUUCGGCCACCAGCACAGUCGCCAUUGCCGUUAACGGCGAUGUCUGGCCCCUUUCCAGUUCAAGCUGGCACCCAACCAAGUGGCACGUCUGCAGCAGCUGCACAGACUGUUGCUUCUUCUUCUUCGGGUCCAGCGGUGGGUGCUACACCACCGCAACAACCUGUCCCUCAACAGGGACAGCCGCAAGGUCAUUGGUACCCUAAGACCCCAAUGAAACCGCCUCUUGCCUUCUCAGGCGAGAGGAAGGACGAAGAACUCAACACUUGGUUGAGAACAAUUCCGGUUUGGGUAAAGGCGAAGAGGACCUUGCCAGAGGACGAAGUGGUUACUGCUGCAUCUUACCUCGAGGGUAAGGCAGCCAAAUGGCUAGAUGGUAUAGUUGCAAAGGCCGGGAACUUGCUGGCCAACGAGGCUCGCCUCGAGUACCAUUCGUUUGAGACAUUGUCUAGAAAAGCCUUAGACUUGGAGGCUACACUAGGAAAUGCUCAACCCUCUCAAAGUGAUGCGAGGAAGAAGAAGAGUCCGCAGGAAUGGAAGAAGAAGGGGGCGAAGUUGAUGAUGGUUGAGUCCGAUGGGACUCAAACAGAGAUUGAUGAGCUCACAAACCUGCUGGACGUUUCAGAGUAUGACGGCGAGGAUACUGCUGAGAGUAGCACCCUCGCCGCAGUAGUUAAGGCUAAGGCAGGUGGCCGAGUGAAGGGCCAACCAAAGAGUCAAGGGAAGGCCGCCUCCAAUCAGACGAAAGUGGCAGAUUGGGUCAAGGCAGGUCUUGAUCAAGACUUGUGGCGGGACCGCCGAGAUGGGAAGAAGUUGAGACCGAUUGAGUACAUGAGCAAGAAAAUGCCAUCAAAGAAAUUGGCAAAGUCCACCUACGAAAGGGAACUCUAUGCUCUCUACAAGGCACUUGUCCAUUGGAGACAGUUUCUAUUGGGACGGUUCUUCUACUUAAGAACUGACCAUCAGACGCUCAAAUGGAUGAAGACUCAAUUGGCUCUUUCUGAUGCCGAGCGAUGGAUUGAGGUCAUUGAUCAAUAUGACUUCAAGCUUGAGUAUCUGAAGGGAGAGUACAACAAGGUUGCUGAUGCGCUAUCUCGCAGACCAGACUACCUCGGGCCGCUAGUUUUCGAGUUUGGAGUAUCCCUGGAAGUGACUCAAUCGUUGGUGGGAGCCUAUCAGGAAAACCCUGUCAUGAUGGACAUCAUGCGCAAACUUCAGGCAAAAGACAAGGCCAUAGAAAGUGAGUUUGUGAUGGUGGAUGGGUUACUUUUUCUUGAUAAGGCCGGUUGUAAAAGGUGACGAGGGCGGCCCGGCUGGUAGCCUAGCUCUAAAGUAUUUUCAAAUUAAAUUAAAAUCGGAUUAAUUGAAUUUAUUCGAAAAGAAUUAAUGCAACGAAAAUGAACAGAAGCGAGCUGC